AUGAAUUAUCUAUAGCAUAAAGCAUACUCAGACUAAUUGAAUCCAGUGAGCAGAGCCAAUUACUACAUGAGCAACUAUAUGAACUAAAAGAGAAACUCAUAUGUAAAUUUCAAUCCAAAGACUUAGUCAUCAUACUAGAUGGCUAAUUUAUCUGAGGAAUCUGAAAGCUAUUAGUAAAACCAACCUCUCCCAGCUUAAUUCAUUCAAAAAAAGCAAAAGCAAUACAAUAAUAAGUAAAACUUUUUCAAAGUAGAUUAGGCCCAUAGCUAGUCUCUCUAUGAAUAAUCGAAGGCUUCAAUAAGAUCAUCUCCAAAUAAAGCAGAUAAUCAAGUAAUAACAAAUUCAACACCUUAUAAAAGCAAGGCACAAAAUGUCAAGACUGAGCAUUCCAUUGAUUCUCUCUGUGAAUAAACAUUUAGCAAUGUAGGUGGAAGUGGAUAGUAGCUUAACAGCAAACAAUAUAUUCAGAAUAUACCAUCAAAUAAUAUUUAGAUACAUGAUAAGAGAGUCUCAUUUGAAAGUCUUGAGAGAAGUAGAUAGCAAGACACCUAUUAGAGAGAUAGAACGCUAACAAACUAAUCUAUUACAGAUGAGGAAGAUAAGAUUAUAAUCGAAAAAAUAAGGCAGCUCAUAAAUUAUAAGCAAAAGUCUAGUCAGUUUUCUGAAAAGCUUAUUAACUUCCUAGAGCUAUUUGAUGAUUCAGCCUAGACUCUUUAAAAUGAUAUGAGUCCUAAUAACCCUCAAUCUCAAGUUUAAACAUAAUCUUAAGAUGAAUCUGUCCACAUAUAUGAGCAGACAAUAAGGAGAUAAUCAGUUAAUAAUACAAAUCAUUAGUAUUCAUAAAAUUAUAUUGCAGAAAAACAGCCAAAGUCUGAAAAAAUAAAGGUAGGGGUUGCUCUUCUAUACAUAAUGGCUACCAUUGAUGAUCAAAUAGUUCUCACAAGUGACAAAAGUCAGCUAGAAGAUCAUUCAUGGGAAAAUGUUUAAAGAGUAUUAUCAAGCUAAGGUAGAGUUUUAUUCAAUCUUAAGAAAAUCAAGGAUUAUACAGAAAAAGGGCAUAUGAGCAGAUAGUAUUUAAAGCUUGCAAAAAAAUAUGUUUAAGGUUUGGAAUUUAAUCCAAUGAUCAAUAUAAAUUCUUAGAUUUGCCAUUAACUUCUUAAAUUUUUAAAGAGCUGCAUUGAUUUCAUAAGUUUCGUCAGCAAAACAUACAGUCAUGAAAACAAAGGAGGGUAUAGAAGCCAGUCAAAGAAAAGAGAAUAAAGUUAGAACUUUGGAGCAAGUUCUGGAGUAAAUGAGCUUUCAGUCAUGAAAUAGUAGCAAGAAGCAACUUAGACACUAAAGUCUCUUCAUUCGCAAUUGAUAUCACCUUCCAAUGAAAUGAAUAGCAUACAAUACCCCAAUAGUCAAAUGGUAUCACCUGCGAAAAAUAAACUAGCUGAUCUUCAAGAAAAAGAAAAAUUCUAUUGA